GUUCACCAAAUAUACCUAUGUGAUGUAUGUAGGAUUGCAAAACGAUCCCACCAACCUGGCUGAAGCCUAACAUGAGCGCGAGGUUAUAACAACUGUGCUGGACUCUUUUGUCGUUACUAAUAUCCAAACCGCUAUACUAUUGUCAGAUACUGUUUCAUCGGGAGGUCUAAUGCAGCCUCUAGGGCUUGCAUGCGCUCUACUCAUCGGAUGGGCUGUGCUAGCUCGUGGCCAAGGUGACUGCUCUGGUCAUGGCCAGCUGGUAGACGGCAAAUGCUCUUGCAACUCGCCGCUUCCAGUCGACGCGUCGCCUGGAUGGGUGGGCGACACUUGCAAUGUGCAAGUGCACCACCUCUUCCUUAACGGUCAGGACGUCCAAGAAACCUGCGGCGAGGGCCACGUGUGCAACGUCGUGGCGCCUAGUGAACCCGUGUGCUUCGCGACCAGCAUCGCCGAGAUGUCCGACUCCGCGUUCCACCUGGCUCUGCUGCUGACCAGCAACAGCCUGGAGGCGGCAGUGGGGCUGCGCGGGCUGCUCACAAACAUCACGGCGGCAGGGGGC